AUGAUUUUUCGAUAUCUACUAUACUUAUGUGCGCUUUCAUUGGCACAAUGUUAUGAAGAACUCCCCGGCUUUUCGAAUAAUGUUGCCCAACGACUGCUCUACAACGGUGAGAAGAUGAAAUUCGGCUUGGGCACAGUCAAGGACGCGUACGGAGCUGCUCCAUUUUUGCAGAUACCAAUGGGUGAUGGGAGUCAGCUUCAAGUUCCAAAGGCGUUCUACCAUUAUUCCGAGCGUGACAUGGGCGCCGAGUCGGGAUGGGGAAUUCCUAGUGGUGGACGUCUACUUGGUCUCAAUACUCUGGUCAAGAACAACAGACGAGAAAUCAACGGCGUCUACCUACCUCUUCCCAACAUGCAACCCAUCAAUCUUCAUUUCAUAACACAAAGGACUUUUGAGAAAGGAAUCGACACCUCAGCACACGAUCAGUCGCCAGACGGCACUCUUCAGGCAGCUAAACGAAUUUGCAUGUUGGGUUCGGAGAGUGACUGUGAGCGAGCUUUGCUGCAAUACCACCGAACGAAGGUUCAUUCCAUUCAACAGCAGAGGAAGCCUCUCCACCAACAACUGAUAAACCUGGGUGACUUGACCUCGUACUCGACACUUAGGGAUCGAGAAGGAGGCGGCAUGGGAGUUGUGGUCGGAGUUCCCGGCUAUGAUCCGCUCUAUGUUGGAGGAGCCCUUUGA